AUGGUAUUGGACCGUGCCACCGGUGAACCGGAGCACCGCAGUUUCGCUGACGUUCUUGACUAUCUCCGCCCCGGUGACCUCAUGGUUUUCAACCAGAGUCGCGUGAUCCCGGCGCGGCUGUUUGGCGUUCGCGAUGACAAUGGCGGUAGGGUCGAGUUCCUGCUGCUUCGCCGCGAGGCCGAUGGCGUAUGGGAAGCCCUUGCCCGGCCCGGACGGCGCCUCCGCCCUGGCGCUACCGUAAGCAUCAUCCCGCCCGAUGGACUGGAGCUGCCUUCAGGGCUCUCAGUGGAGGUCCUGGAGUCAAGAGCAGAGGGACUCAAAGCAGUCCGGCUGUCGUCGGAAACUGCCAUCGACCGCAUGGGGCACACGCCGCUCCCGCCAUACAUCCGAAGCGCGCUUGAUGACCCGGCGAGAUAUCAGACGGUCUACGCCAAGGAACCCGGCAGCGCCGCCGCCCCCACGGCCGGGCUGCAUUUCACGCCGGAACUGCUGUCCCGCAUCAGCGAAUCAGGCGUUGAGACGGCUUUUGUAACCCUGCACGUCGGCUUCGGACCCUUCCGUUCCGGUGCCGUGUGUCUCGUGGUGACAGUACCUUUGCCCACCUGUCCACCUACCGCUCACAUCCACGACACCUAUUCGAGCGUUCUAUUGCGCUAG